AUGUUGCAGCGUAAGCUAGCGUUUCCUUUCAAUUUCGAAUUUUCCAGUAACUGUUUACCAGCUAAGGAGGAGAUACCAUGGCCUCCGCGCUCCCCCCACCACGCGCUUUUAAGCACACCCAGUGGCAGACAACAUCUCAAAAAACUUAGGAGGCAUGAUUCACAAUCGCCAUCUCCAAGAAAGCGUGUAAAUUCCUCCACACCUCCGGCAGGGGCAGAAAAUGCAACCUUGGGCGUCGCCUCUGAUAAUGAUAGCGAUGAUGAUGAUGAUGAUGAAGAAACCCUUAAGUUACAGUUAAAAGAGAUACAAGCACGCCUUAAGCUAAAGAAACUACAAAAAGUUAACAAGCAGGGUUUGAACACGAAUCAUGAUAAACUUUCAUCUAAAUCAACAAUAAGUAGCACAAAAAAAACAUUUAUUAACACUUCAGAAAAAUAUAUUAGCAAAUCUAAAGAGAGAAAAGUAAUUUCAUCUCCUCCCCGCCAAGUUGUUGAUGUUCCAUCUUCUCCAAUAAAGAGGGUAGAACAAUUAUUGCCUCGAAAACAAACAGACAGAGUAUUACUUGGAAUUGACAAAGGAGUAAAAGGAUACGGAGUUUCUCUAAAAAGAGCGCCAAGCUUAAUAAGCAGAGAUGAUAAUGUAUCGAAUAGGUUAUUUCCCGAGACAAUUCGCCAAAGUGUGAACUGGAAUCUAAAAGCAGCUGAAAUAGAACAAAAAGCCAAGAACCAGCCAAAAUCAUUUAACGAGCGAAUCGCUGAGACAAGAUCCCAAGAUAGAGAGCGUCAGAUUAGGGAGGUUCGUAUGAAGAAUAAGAGAAGUAGUGCCUUCGACAUAAAUCAGGAACAAAUCCAAAUUUUAAAGCAAAAUGCCAUUGAUUUUCCAGAUAUUCCCCGUUGUAUACCUGAGUUUAGUAGAGAAGAAAUUUUACAUUCUGUCAAAAAAUUAGACAAUAUAGAUACAAAACGGCUUUCCAUCUCAAAUUUACGGUCAGAUGUACGUUCUAACAAAACCAAAACGGCUUUUUCUUCAGAGAAAAACGGCUCUAAAGUAAUAAAGGCAAACCCAGAAAGCAAACUAUCCGACCCCAGCUCAAAUCAUCACGAGCCAGAAGUAUCACAAUUUGAGCCAUACUCCUCUCAGCAUCUUACAAAAAGGAUUAUCCCACACCAGCGCCUCACCCGCACAUUAGCUGAGAAGAAAAUAUAUUUAAUACCAGACAUUUUACGAGAGGUCAAAGCACCUGAAUAUUCAACUCCUGACAUCGAAAAUGAUUUUGUAUUACUAGGAAUUGUUGCUUCUAAAUCAGAACCUAAAAUCCAUCAGCAAUGCUCGAAGAACGAGAAGCGUGGUAAAUUUAUGGCAGUGACUUUGACAGACUUGAAAUGGGAACUUGACUUAUUUCUUUUUGACUCAGCCUUUGAGAAAUUUUGGAAAUUAACAGUAGGAACUAUUAUUGCUAUUCUUAACCCACAGAUUAUGCCUCCACCAAGAGGAAGAGAAGAUACCGGCAAGUUCAGUUUAACAUUAAACUCUGACGCCGAUACAGUUCUAGAGAUCGGUACUGCUCGUGAUUUGGGAUUUUGCAAGUCCAUAAAGCGGGACGGGAAAACUUGUAGCUCUUGGGUUGACAAGCGCCACACAGAGUUCUGUGAUUACCAUGUAAACGCCAGUCUUCAAAAAACCCAUGCCUCUAGAAUGGAAGUCAAUACAAUGACUUUUGGCAAAGGUAGACUUGAAAAUUUUGGAUCUGAAAAACGAAAGUUUAAUCCUCUCGAUAAAAAAAGGCAUGAUAAACUUAAUGGUCCUAGGAAUCAUUACGAUCGUGAAAGUCACUCCCAUGUUUUCAUUGGUAGCAAAAGUACAACAAAGCUACUAGAUGACGUUGACUUCGAUCCUGAUGCCUUCCACCGAGGGAGCAAUAAGGAAGAGAGAAUGACAAGACGUUUGUUAUCGCAGGAAAGAGAGCGAAAGUUAGAAAAGAAGCUAGCUACAUUAGGAAGUGGCCUUGGUGCUGAGUACGCGAGAGCCAGACAAGGUGUAAUUUCUGGUACUACGGUAAAUUCAAAAUCUAACUUUCAUGGAGAAUUUCUUCACGACACUACUCGGAUUAUUUCAGAAGUAAAAAAGCAGAACGUGAGCCUUAGUCCCCUAAAGCGUAAAAAGGGCGAUAGUUUCUCUGAAAGCAUGGCGCGUGGCUGGGGUGGAAGCUUGACUAACGAUUUAAAAAGAAUGAAAGAUGGCGAGAACCUCAGUGCGGCUGCGGUAAAGAAGAAAGCUAGAUUUGCUAAUGAGAAAGGUAUCAAAGAGACUGGAAGCUGGGACCUCUGCUCAAGUACAGCUCAGAACGUGAAAUUCGACAUUUCGGAUGAUGAUCUAGACAUUGUGCGGUAA